GCUUUAAACUUCAAGAAAUUCCGUUUAUUUUAGUAUUUUACGUAUCAGUUUUCGGGUUAGCCGGCGUUUAUUUAAUCGAUUAAUUACCAAAGUAUGCAAAAUACUUUACUGGGAUCUUGGAGCAUUCUUUUUUUGUCUGCCUCGUGCCCUGUUGACCGAACUCCAAAGAUAAGCUGAACUCUGACCGAAUGAAUCCAAGUCCGAAAACACGGAGAUUGUCUUAACCAUAGGAACUCCAUAAUUGAGACAGACAGUCGAAAAUGAAUCAACAGGUAGCCUUCGCCAAAAAACAAAACCCGUUAGAACCAACAUAAAGAAUUCUCGUUUUAAGAUCUUACUUCCGGCUGGGGUCCGUAUUUAGCCAAAAAAAACGAACGUGUUUCAUGCCAUGUGUUUAUCCGAUGACUUGGACAUUAUGUUGUUCAUAUUUCCUAUGCUUGAUGAUGGCCCAUUUGCCUGCUGGACGUGCUCUGCAGUGGGAGUGGCGCCCGUUUGGCCCUGGGAACCUCGGUAAUCUCGUAUCUGAUUGUCUACAAUGAGGCAUCCGCUCCGAGCCUGCUGGUUGCCGUCCUUUUGGCCACCAUCUAUGGCACUAUGUCAGCCCGUUGCAAAACUAGUCUUCGCAGUCUGCAAAUGCCAUAUGUAAGGGCCACGAAUAAAUUCGACUUUGGCUGUUUGUUUUUGGCCACCUGGCUGGAUGCUCUGGCCGCCAUGUGUGCCUGUGCUGCCCUGGCCAGGACUCUCAGCUCCUGUCUGGAUGCCAUGACCGGGGGUCUGGCCAGGAUCCUCAUAUUGGGCCGCAAUGCACCCGCGAAUGAGCCAUGGCCGGAUGUUCUUGGCGUCUCAGUUGUCUUCCUCGUCACUGGGAUGUUCAUGCUGGGCCUGGAGCACUCGAGGGCCUUCAGCCUCAUCCUGACACUUGGCAUGUUCGGCUUGAAUGCGAUUUUGAGCGCAGUCGGCUGGUGGCGGGGCGACAUGUUGGCCUGGUCUACGGACAACUACUUCCAGCCCGAUGGACUUAGCAGUGUCUUCCUGGCCACUGCCCUACUUACGUACUCCUUCCCCAGCGAUUGGCCGCAACAACAUCGAAGUGGACGAUUCACGGCGACCUUAAUCACGGGAUUGGUCAGCAUUUCACUGCUGCUGACAGCCAUUUGUCUAUCCACAGUGGUGCACUACAAAACCCAUGAGGAAUAUGUUGCCGUGCCUUUGUUCAACAUCCUGGAUGAAAGUGGCUUCCAUAAGUUAGUGCCCGCCUCGGCUUGUAUGUUACUGCUCACAAGUUCGGCCGCAUUUCUGGAGCUCUUUCCGGAACUGUAUGGUAUAGUGGUUCGUUUGGCCACCUCGGAGUGGAGGAUUCUGUCCAAGCAGAUCAGUUACGAGAGCUCAGAGAGUGGUAAUCCCGUGCUGGCCGUCUUCAUUGGCGGCAGUAUGUGUGCCAUGUUGGCCUUCGCCUGUCCACUGCAGCAUCUCAGUUAUACAUUAGCCGCCGGUCAUAUGGGCGGGGUAUUCCUGCGGGCCUUCUACCUUCUGUAUAUCCCCUACAGGCCCAAGUUCAUGGCGCCUAGCAGCGAGUCCUCACUGUCGUACAGUCGCCUGUCCACCGCACCGAUUGCCAAGAGCAGUAGUUACAGCAGUGCUGCAACUUCCAGUUCGAGUCGCUUGAAGAGGAGUCUCUGGAAGAUCGGUCUUCCCAAGAACCGUGGCCUGAAAAAGCCCAAAACGAAGCCCAGAAAUAAACAGGAACUGGAGAAGGAGUGGCUGCUCCUGGGCGAACCCACCUCCCCGUGUCCUCAGCGGGAGGGAAGGGAUGUGGAGUCCACUAUUUUGUCCGAUGGCGAGCCACCGCCAUCUGACUUUGAGUACCCUGAUAAGUUUGAUAAAAGCGAUUCGGACACCUCGACGGACAUUGAUGCGAUUGUGGAUGAGUAUCGUGAGAAGAUCAAGGUAACUACAGCAGGUCCUUUGGAGCGCAGUGUGCGAGUGCCCACAGUGAGUUCCUGGCGCGUGACCAUUUUCGCGAUUGUGGUAAUUGGCCUGGGAAUUGCACUCUGCAUUGCUGGUCUUGUGAUGCACUGGGCUCCAGCAGCUUUUACUGGAGGUAUUGGGGUCCUGAUCGUGACCAUUAUGAUGGGAUUUAUACCCAAAUACACGGGCAGUGUGAUUAAUGUGAGUCCCAUGAUCUGUGGAAUGUCGCUGUUGAUGGGCGUGAUCCUGUUCAGUGAGUGUGCCAUACAUUCCUGGCCAGGAUUACUCAUCUGGAUGAUGGCAGGACUCAUCCUGGUGAUUAGAUGCGAUAAAUACUGCUGCAAUUGCUUCGAGCACACGACCAUGCUGAAUGCCCAGCUGAUACCCAGUGUUUCUGGGAAAACCAACGCGGGUUCCGCAUCGGGAUCUACAUCAAACUUGGCCGGACCAUCCACCAGCAUUCGGAUACCCAGGCCGCCCAAGGGAGUGGGCGUGGUCGGACUGCCGCAGCGCAUCAAUGGCCACAGAUGACAGUCGGAGUCCUCGGAGGAGGAGGGCGAGGAUCUCUUCCACGAGGACUUCAAUGUGCGCGACUUCGAUGAGGAGGACGACGAGGAUUGCUGGACUGAUUAGCUUGCCGCCUUUGAAAUGUACUACUUAGGAAACUAUUUACUUGCUAUGCAGAUCUCCACGAUGAUCUAGCUUCGAGCCACAUAUGCCUGAAAUUUUCUAGCUAGCUAAAUUAAUUGUCAAAAUUUACCCAUGUAUUUAUGUAACUCUAGCUAGGCGACUCUCUCUACAACUAGGUUCCGAAUAAAAUGCCAUUUUUCGAAAUGAUUA